GCCACCGCCACCAUGUCCGGGCGCGGCCACAACAAGCUGCCGACCACCGAGCGCAUCGUCAAGGCUGUGCCAUUCCCUCCCACGCAGAGGCUGACUCUGAAGGAGGUUUUUGAGGAUGGGAAACCCAGGCUGGAUGUCCUCAAGAGCCACCUGGUGAAGGAGGGGAGGCUGGAGGAGGACGCGGCGCUGAAAAUCAUCAACGACGGCGCCGCCAUCCUCAGGCACGAGAAAACCAUGAUCGAGGUGGAGGCUCCAAUCACAGUGUGUGGUGACAUCCACGGGCAGUUCUUUGACCUGAUGAAGCUGUUUGAGGUGGGAGGAUCACCCAACAACACUCGCUACCUCUUCCUGGGGGACUACGUGGACAGAGGCUACUUCAGUAUAGAGUGCGUGCUGUAUUUAUGGAGUUUAAAGAUAAACCAUCCCAAAACCUUGUUCCUCCUGCGAGGGAACCACGAGUGCAGGCACCUCACAGAAUAUUUCACCUUCAAGCAGGAAUGUCGAAUCAAGUACUCGGAGCGAGUGUACGACGCGUGCAUGGACACCUUCGACUGUCUUCCUCUCGCUGCCCUCCUCAACCAGCAGUUCCUGUGUGUCCACGGGGGCCUGUCUCCAGAAAUCACAUGUCUAGAUGACAUUAGGAAAUUAGACAGGUUUAAGGAGCCUCCAGCCUUUGGUCCCAUGUGUGACCUGCUGUGGUCGGAUCCCUCGGAGGAUUACGGCAACGAGAAAACCCUGGAGCACUUUGCCCACAACACUGUCCGGGGCUGCUCCUAUUUCUACAGUUACCCUGCAGUGUGUGAAUUUUUGCAGAACAAUAGUUUGUUAUCCGUAAUCCGAGCUCACGAAGCCCAGGAUGCUGGGUAUCGAAUGUACAGGAAGAGCCAGACCACGGGCUUUCCCUCGUUAAUCACAAUCUUCUCUGCACCAAAUUAUUUAGAUGUCUAUAACAACAAGGCUGCUGUACUGAAAUAUGAAAACAACGUCAUGAACAUCAGGCAGUUCAACUGCUCCCCCCACCCCUACUGGCUCCCCAACUUCAUGGAUGUCUUCACAUGGUCCUUGCCUUUUGUAGGGGAGAAGGUCACCGAGAUGCUGGUGAACAUCCUCAACAUCUGCUCCGACGACGAGCUCAUCUCGGACGGCGACGAGACGUUGGAAGGUGGGACAACGGUGCGCAAGGAGAUCAUCAGGAACAAGAUCAGAGCCAUUGGGAAGAUGGCACGGGUGUUCUCAGUUCUUCGGGAGGAGAGUGAGAGCGUGCUGACCCUCAAAGGCCUGACCCCCACAGGUACCCUGCCCCUGGGAGUGCUCUCGGGGGGGAGGCAGACCCUGCAGACUGCCACAGUAGAAGCAGUAGAGGCACGGGAAGCCAUCCGCGGCUUCUCCCCGCAGCACAAAAUCCGCAGCUUCGAGGAGGCGCGGGGGCUGGACCGCAUCAACGAGCGCAUGCCCCCGCGCAAGGAUUCGCUGCACUGCGACGGCCCCGGCGCCGCCAACCCCGACAAAAACGGCACGGCCAAAAAAGCCUAGCCCGGCCAACUCCGCCCACAGCGACAACGAGUCAUGGAUUUUAUUUAUUUAUUAUUAUUAUUAUUAUUAUUAUUGUUAUUAUUGUUAUUAUGGGGGUGAGGGUGGGGGGAGAAAUUUCGAUUCGGAGCUGGAGGCACGGUCGUCAAUCCAGUGUGCAUCAAACACCGUUUUGUAAUUUUAUUUUUUUUUUGGUUUCAAUAUGUAAAAAAGUCUUUUUGUUUUUUAUUUUAUUUAGA